AUGGAUCGAGCUCCGGUGACUACAGGACCGAUGGAUAUGCCGAUUAUGCACGAUAGUGAUCGAUACGACUUCGUUAAAGAUAUUGGGUCUGGUAAUUUUGGUGUGGCUCGUCUUAUGAGAGAUAAAGUUACAAAGGAGCUUGUUGCUGUUAAGUACAUCGAGAGAGGAGACAAGAUUGAUGAAAAUGUUCAAAGGGAAAUCAUUAACCACAGGUCAUUAAAGCAUCCUAAUAUUGUUAGAUUUAAAGAGGUCAUUUUAACACCGACUCAUCUGGCUAUCAUAAUGGAAUAUGCUUCUGGUGGAGAGCUUUACGAGCGGAUUUGCAAUAAAGGACGGUUUAGCGAGGAUGAGGCUCGGUUCUUCUUUCAACAGCUUAUAUCUGGAGUCAGCUAUUGUCAUGCAAUGCAAAUCUGCCACCGCGAUCUGAAGCUGGAGAAUACGUUGUUGGAUGGGAGUCCCGCUCCUCGUUUAAAAAUAUGUGAUUUUGGAUAUUCAAAGUCUUCUGUUCUUCAUUCACAACCAAAGUCAACUGUCGGUACACCUGCGUAUAUUGCUCCAGAGGUUCUGCUUCGUCAGGAAUACGAUGGCAAGAUUGCAGAUGUAUGGUCGUGCGGAGUAACAUUAUACGUUAUGUUGGUUGGAGCUUAUCCAUUCGAAGAUCCGGAAGAGCCGAGAGACUAUCGAAAAACAAUACAGAGAAUCCUUAGCGUUAAAUACUCAAUCCCCGAAGACGUACGGAUUUCACCUGAAUGCUGUCAUCUAAUUUCAAGAAUCUUUGUGGCUGAUCCCGCGACUAGGAUUAGCAUUCCAGAGAUCAAAACCCAUGAUUGGUUCUUGAAGAAUCUACCAGCUGAUCUAAUGGUUGAGAGCAACAGCACAGAGAGCCAAUUUCAAGAACCUGAACAACCAAUGCAAAGCCUUGACACAAUCAUGCAAAUCAUCUCUGAAGCCACAAUUCCCGCUGUUCGAAACCGUUGCCUCGACGAUUUCAUGACGGAUAAUCUUGAUCUUGACGAUGAUAUGGACGACUUUGAUUCUGAGUCUGAAAUCGACAUUGACAGUAGCGGAGAGAUAGUUUAUGCUCUGUGA